GGACGACGACCAGCCCAGUUUUCAACCACGAGAUUAUACAGAACCAUGUCCUCAGACUACGAAUACUCUGACGAUGACGCUGCCUACUACGAUGACGAGGAUAUGCUUGACGGAACCCAAGACGACGAAGUGUCGGACGACGACAUGGACAUGGACAUCGGCGACGAUUUCAAGGUGUCGACCAAGGGCAAGCGCAAGUCGUAUGAAGUAGAGCACGAGUCGCUAAGUCAGGCCGCUGUGGAGAAGGUCAUGCGCGACGACGCUGAGCACACAAGUGGCAUCCUUGGAGUCGAGCUCGACAUCGCGAAACUACUGUUGCGGCAUUCGUCGUGGAACAAGGAGAAGCUUAUCGAGCAGUACAUGGACAACCCCACCAAGGUCAUGGUCUCUGCAGGCAUUGUGUUGCCCGAGGUAGACCCACAAGCAACCCCGACGCCAGCUAGGACACAAACAUCGAAUUCAUCUUCUACCCGUCGUCCAACGAGAUCGACAUCCAAGCUCCUUUCUUCAUUCUCCUCUGGUUCACGAUCAUCCAAAUCCAGCUCUGGAUCUCCCCCAUCUUCCUGUGCCUCACCGAAGGCAUUAAAGAAAGCUGACGAGCCUUUUGUGUGUCCAAUUUGCUUUGACGACGACCCCAAAGUCCGAACGCUUUCCCUCGACUGUGAACACACCUUUUGUUCUGGUUGCUGGACUGCUUACAUCACUUCCAAAAUUCGUGAUGAGGGCGAGCACUAUCUUCGCUGCAUGGCGGAAGGCUGUGCUCUGGUCACAUCCGAUACCUUCAUUCGCUCAGUUCUCGUUCCGGAGCAAGGCUCACAAAGCAUUACUCCGGCGGAGGCGGAGGAGAACCUCAAGGUCUGGUCGCGCUUCCAGGAACUUCUAGUUCGUCAUUUCGUGUCGUGCAACCCCGACCUCAAGUUCUGCCCUUAUCCAUCGUGUACCAACACCGUCUCGUGUCCAGCGGCCUCCUCCAAACUCAGUCUUACAUCGAUCGUACCUAUCGUGUCAUGUGGCGCGCGGGGGAUUGGAGGCCAGGAACAAAGCCAGAGUCAGAGCCAAUCCAGUCUUGGAGGCAAGGAACACAAGUUCUGCUUCGGAUGCCCGGUCGAGAGCGACCACAGACCAGUAAUCUGCAAUGUGGCCAAGAUGUGGUUGAAGAAGUGUCGGGACGACAGUGAGACUGCCAACUGGAUCAAGAGCAACACCAAGGAGUGCAGCCAGUGUCAGAGCACGAUCGAGAAGAACGGCGGAUGCAACCAUAUGACGUGCAAGAAGUGUAAGCACGAGUUCUGCUGGGUUUGUAUGGGUCCCUGGAGCGAACAUGGUACCGCAUGGUAUUCAUGCAACCGAUACGACGAGAAGGCUGGCCAGGAGGCGCGGGACGCCCAAAGUCGCAGUCGAGCCUCUUUGGAGCGUUAUCUCCACUACUAUAACCGAUGGGCCAAUCAUGAACAAUCCGCCAAACUCUCUGUAGACCUUUAUGCCAAGACUGAGAAGAAGAUGGAGGAGAUGCAGAUCACGUCUGCGCUCACCUGGAUCGAGGUUCAGUUCAUGAAGAAGGCUGUUGAGGAGGUGGAGAAGUGCCGCAUGACUCUCAAAUGGACGUACGCCAUGGCUUAUUACCUCGCCAAGGGUAAUGAGAAGGAGCUCUUCGAAGAUAACCAGAGGGACUUGGAGAAAGCAGUCGAAGACCUCUCCGAACUCUUGGAAUCCCCAUUAGAGCCUGAGAACAUCCCCACCCUUCGUCAACAAGUGACGAACAAGACGGUUUAUGUCCAAAAGCGUAACGAGAUUGUGUUGGAGGAUACGGCCAACGGUUUCCUGGAGGGACGAUGGAAAUGGAACGCGAAGGUCGAGGGAUUCGACGAUCCAGACCCUAGCCUUAUUGCCAUCUAA